AUGUUACCCCCUGCCAGCGGGGCGGCAGUCCUAUGGUUAACGCUGUUUUUCCUCAGCCAAGGUCACGCCAUACCUGAAGCAUCCAAGGUUGUGUCCACUUCAACCGUCGUCAAGGUCCGACUCUUCUACGAAUCGUACUGCCCCUUCAGUCAGCGCUUUAUCACUGACCAGCUGUGGCCUACGUACGAAAAGCUUGGGAAGCUCGUGGAAAUCCGCCUGGUACCGUUCGGGCUCGCCACCAUGAAAAACUUCACCAGAAAGGACGCCAAAAAGGUGAUAGAAAUAAAGUGCCAUCACGGCAACAAAGAAUGUCUGGCCAACAUGAUACAGACAUGUGCCAUAGCAAUGACGAGUGCGCGCUACAAAAGCCUCGAGUACGUCAACUGCAUGUCCCUUUCAAAAUCGCCACUGGACGUGGCACAAGCGUGCGCCGGAGCCAUUGGUCUAAAUUGGAAAAUCAUCGAUCGCUGCGUCAAGUCAAAGCUGGGUUCGCUGCUCUUCUACAAGAUGGGACAGAAGACGUGGGAUUUAGUCCCCCAUAUAACCUACGUUCCUUACAUAGAGGUUGACGGUCGGCACAGCAAACUGUUUCAGGAAGAAGCCAUGUCGAAUCUCUUCGGGUUGGUCUGCUCUAGGCUGGGUUCUGCAAAACCAGACAUUUGCAACGUCUCCCAAUAA